UCCAGCCACUGCCCCCCAUUAAUCUUCAUCGCACGCCUCUUCUCUCCUCAUUACAAAUCUCAGCUUCGAUCCUUCGCACAUAUAUAUUCUCUCUCUAAAACAUAUAUAUUUUGGAGAAUACUUAUAAACAGAGGGAAGAAAGAAUGGCGGAUACUAAUCAGCCUGGAAUGGAAGGGAGCCAGCCGGUGGAUCUUUCCAAACACCCGUCUGGAAUUGUGCCCACCCUCCAGAACAUUGUCUCAACUGUCAAUUUGGAUUGCAAAUUGGAUCUUAAGGCUAUUGCAUUGCAUGCUCGCAAUGCAGAAUACAAUCCGAAGCGUUUUGCUGCAGUUAUAAUGCGGAUAAGGGAGCCAAAAACUACAGCUUUGAUCUUUGCAUCUGGGAAAAUGGUUUGCACUGGAGCAAAGAGUGAAGAACAAUCAAGGCUUGCAGCAAGGAAGUAUGCACGUAUCAUCCAGAAGCUUGGCUUCCCUGCCAAAUUUAAGGAUUUUAAGAUUCAGAACAUAGUUGGCUCAUGUGAUGUGAAAUUCCCCAUCAGACUUGAGGGGUUGGCUUAUUCUCAUGGUGCAUUUUCAAGUUAUGAGCCAGAACUGUUUCCAGGAUUAAUAUACCGGAUGAAGCAACCAAAGAUUGUGCUUCUUAUCUUCGUGUCUGGAAAAAUCGUUCUCACUGGAGCAAAGGUGCGAGAGGAGACGUACGCGGCUUUUGAAAAUAUUUACCCUGUGCUUACAGAGUUCAGGAAGAACCAGCAGUGGUAAGCAUAACCGUUCCCUUCUCCUUUCCUCCCCUUAGGGCCUGUUUGGCUCACGGGGAAAACGUGUACCCACCCACCCCCUCUCCUCACUCUAUUUACUUGAACCAAACACACCCUAAGCCCUAAGGCAUAUACUCCAUAAUUUGCGCUCUACCAUCUUGGUUCGACGUAUUAUUCAAAAAGUUCAUUUUGUUUUACACAGAUGCUUCAAUUGGAGUCAUGGUAUCCACAGCCUAAAUGGAGGGGGAAUACUUCUUCCUUUACUUGGUGGCAUUGGCACAUGAAAUGUGAAUAUCUGAUAGUGUGUCCCUUGGAUGGAGCUCUGCCUGCCCUUUGGCACCUCAAAGUAAAAACCUUAAUAUAAAUCUUUCUCAUGUUUGCCUCUCUGUUCUGGGGUUUUCACAUCUGCCUGAGUUACUACUGUAUAAAUGAUGGAUAACUGGCAUUUCUUCUCAUGGCCAUAUGUAUUUGAGAAGCCUGUCUAAAUGCAAUCAAAAUUUUGCUUUCAAAUGCACCAACAUAUAUGUCUCCUAAAAAACCAUUUUCCAUCACGGAUAAUUUGGUACGCAAGUCAUUACUUCGAAUAAUAUGUUGUCGGAACU